CUUAAUUAUAGCCAGGAUUCGAGUACGGCCGUAGUUCCCUAACGCCAUGCCCGUGACACGAAUAAGCCUUUCCUCAACUUCUUUUAUUUUCUCUCAUGUUCUCGUCUCUUUACAAUUGCUAAGCUUGUAGUUAUGGCUCAGGACGAAAUCAAAAAUACUGAUGAUGAAGUGCCGACUUCAAGUCCAACCGUUGUUCCAAACAUCAGCCCAGCAAGGCUGCAGGUCAUUAUUGCAGGACUUUGGCUUUCUAUAUUCAUGUCCGCAAUAGACGGGACUAUCAUUACUACCGGCCUUGUCAAGAUCUCCAGCGAUUUUAACGCACUAGGUCAGGCGGCAUGGCUCGUGACAACAUAUCUGCUGACUUAUAACGCUUUUCUCAUGAUCGUAGCGAAACUUAGCGAUGUUUGGGGCUUGAAAAGUAUUCUUAUAUUUUGCAAUGCCUUCUUUCUUAUCUGGUCCAUGGCAUGCGGGGCAUCCCAGAGUAUGACUCAAUUAAUCGUAUUUCGUGCCCUGCAAGGUAUAGGAGGCUCUGGCCUUUAUUCUCUAGUAUUCGUAACAUUGAUGCAACUCAUAACUCCGGACAAGCUUGGAUUCUACUCCGGUAUCAUCAGCUCGGUCUUUGCCGUAGCAAAUCUACUAGGGCCUAUACUCGGGGGAGUAAUAAGUGACCAUACGACGUGGCGAUGGAUAUUUUUCAUCAACGGACCGAUCGUGUCCACGGCCUUGGUUCUAUUAUUCUUUUCCAUGCCUGGAAAAGCCGACGGGAAAUCUAAUAUGGAUCGCCUACGAAACUUUGACUUCAUUGGGGGAACUCUGUCCGUCUGCUGGCCGAUUCCUCUCCUCUUUGCCCUUCAAGAGGGUGGUGCCAACUAUGCUUGGAGCAGCGGUGUCAUAAUCGGAACACUUGUUGCGGGUAUUGUUGGGUUCUUCCUAUUUGGAUGCUUUGAGGCUUGGAUCACGUUCAGGACGAAGAAGGAGGCUAUUUUCCCCGUCAGGUUUUUGACCAACCCCGCCAUGAUACUCCUACUUCUGAGUCAGGGUCUCCAAGGAAUGCCCUUCUAUGUUUCAGUCAUCCAACUGCCCCAGCGCUUCCAGGCCGUGAACCACACCUCCGCCGAACGAGCCGGUAUUCUUCUACUCCCCUUGACUCUCCUUACUCCAGUUGGCUCUAUGAUUGGUGGCAUAGUCAUGGGCAGGCGACUCCACGCAGAGUACAUCCUUGUGAUAUCAGCCGCCGUAGUCAGCAUCGGGAUAGGCCUUCUUAGUAGCCUCCCCACCAGCAUGGCAUUCCCCAUCGCCACAUAUGGAUAUGAGAUCAUCACGGGAUUCGGAUUGGGUUUAGGCAGCCCUCCGUAUUACUACCUCCUUCCUAUCACUGUGGCGGAGAAGGACAUUUCCGUCGCUACAGGCGCGUUGAAUAUGAUGCGUACGCUUGGAGGUUGCGUGGCAGUAGCAAUAUGCAGUGCACUCAACCACUCAUCAUUACGCCAACAUCUACCCACCUUUCUUACACCAGAACAAGUCUCGGCUGUCGAGGCCUCGAAUACUGCCAUGCAGGCUUUACCUAGAGCACUCCAACUGAAGGUAGCACAGGUCUUCGGGGAAAGCUUCAAUAGGCAGAUGAAGGUGAUGUUGGCCUUCACCUGUCUGAAUGUCUUGGCCACGAUAGCCUUGGUUAUCGUUCGGAAGAGAAGAGGUAUUCUAGGCGCCGUACCAGUUCGUCGAGAAGAAAACGAGUUCAUGAAGAGGGAAAAGGCUAAGUCCAUAGAUGGAGAAAAACGAGCUGAUUCAGAAAAAGCGAACAAAACCCAGAACGUUACUCUGUCGAAAGAGACCGCGGAAGAGAGUGCAAGGCAGGUUGACGAGAUAUCAAUAGCACGUGAUAGUGGAGAAGGCGAAGGCGCCGCGAAGGAAUUUAAGGUAUAACGAGAGUUUACAUAUACUCGCAACCUUUGUAUUUGAUGUAAUCUAUAAUUCGCCACAAUGGUGUGACAUUCGGAAGUUGUUUACUUCCCUCUGGUUGGUCACGGAGUCUCUGACCGAUUUGAAGGAGGGAGUUCCGCAGUGAUCGAUGGAAAUUGGA